AUGAUCACAGAAAAGAAUAAACUUGUAGAGCUGUAUCAUUACCCAGGAUAUCAUGAAGAGGAAAUGACACCACUGCCCAAUGGAAUAGAGCUGAAUGAAAUUUUGGAGAAAGUGAUUCGUGCUCAGAGUAAAACUGUAGUUGGGAAGACGAAGUGGGCUGUGAAAAUGCUGCACAGGUUUUUUGAUGUUCCAAGCACCCGAGCUGUUUUGCUGGAUAGUUUCUGGUGGCAAUUCCUGCACUUAUAUCAUCCAAAUCGAGAAAUUCAGGGGCACUUGUUUGAACGCAUUGCAGAAAAUUAUGCCAGCAUUCUAUUAGGCAAUCACAGGGUUUCAAACCAGGAAUGCAUCCUCAAGUUUUUUCCAUCACUAUUGAGUCAAGCUGUGUACAUCUGCUUCUGCUCCUGUUUCCCGAGGUCCUGGUUUAAUACCUCUGAAUUCAAAGCCCAACUUUGUGAUGUAUUCUUCGAGUGGCUGGGAGGUACACUGCAUGAACCAAGAAGUUUCAAUAAAUGGGAUUACUCCCAGCUGGAACCAGAACGAUCAAGGAGAGAAGAUUUGAUGUCAAGAAAGAAAAAAAUAGGGACUGGCACUGGUAUUUCGUUUGAGAGCUACAAGCAAUACAGUUCAAUAGGAAAAACUCAUAUGCAAAUUCAGAAGAUCCCAGCAAGGAAAACAUUUAACAUAUCUGUUAAAAAAUCCAAGAAAACUGUAUCUGGGAAAAAAUAUCAAAAGCAGCUUUCCAAAGAAGUUACCACAUUGGAAAGUGAAGAAAUAAAGCAUACCACAUCAAGUAGUGACCAGCUUAAAGAGGAUAAUGAGAAAGCUGCCUGGAGCAGACACCAGAACUUACCCAAAAAGAAACUGAAGAUAGCUAUGCUUCCUCGAGAGUCACACCCAGCUUGCUAUGGUCCCGAGUUGACGUGGCAUCGCUUCAAUAUUAGUGGUCACAGUCCACUAAUUCAACAUUACUUCCAGAAACAUGGUACUGAAUCAAAAUCAGGAUGUGACAUCUUUCUCUCUAGGAGGGAGAUAUACAAACCAAUGCCUGAUUCUGUCAAAACAUAUGCAGAAGUGAUCAAGGAAAGUUUUCAUAUCCUCCAUCAGAAGCACAAAGCCUUCAGAAAAUGUUAUUGGCAACAAUACAGAGAAAUGAGGAAUUUUGAUGAACAGAACAAAUGUAACCAGGAACUUUACAGACAAGCUAUAAAAGAAGAGAUGAAAAAGAGAAAGGCACAAAAACAAAAAGAAUUGCUUUCUUUGAGGGAUGCAGAACCUUCAUCCCUGUUUUCAAAAGAUUCAUCUGGGAAACACCGUAGUUAACCUAGAUCUCUCCUUCUGAACUGACAUUGAUUGAGUUCACUGGAAGCAUGUUACAGAAUGACAA